AUGUCUGUUAGUCAAAUUCGAAUACUUGGUGGGUCCAUGUGCUAUAUUCAGGCCUAUUCGCUCAAAGUGAAGGAGAUUGAGGACCAAAUGGAUUGUUCUCUGUACGACUAUUCAGACAAUUACUUCGACGGGAAUAUUGAAUAUCGAAUAUUUCUACGAUGCAAGCAAAUGAGCAGAAAAAAGUACUUUUCCAUGAGAGAAGACGUCUUGACCAAACUUGACUUGGUCGACGAUCGACACGGUCAAACACACGUGGAUUAUUUCUUAGGGAAGAACAUGAACUUGCAUUUCCGACGAUUGGUAGCUGUCUUGCACGAUUGGCAUUCCUCUCUCCACUCAAUCGCAGACUCUUCCUUGUCUUCCACCUUCCCUAUCCCAAUCGAUGUCUCUAAAUCUUAUCUAACAUUGAAUUGA